AUGACCACUACCACCACAACCAGUAAUACAUCAAACAAUAGUAAUGCACAAUUUAACUUUUUUAAAAUGUGUAUUGGAAGACCAGUCGUUGUUAAAUUAAACAAUGGUGUUGAAUAUAGGGGUAUUUUAGAAGUAGUAGAUGGUAAUAUGAACAUUGUAAUGGAGCAAACUGAGGAAUAUCUUAAUGGGCAAUUAAAAACUAAAUAUGGUGAUUGCUUUUUAAGAGGAAAUAAUGUAUUAUAUAUUUCAGCUCAACCAAGAAAAUAA